CGAUCCUCGGCUGCGGGCGGGCGAGCGGCCGGUGCGGGCCGGGCCGGGGCGGGGCGCGUGGGCUCCGCCAGAUGUGCAGCAGCUGCAGCAGCAGCAGCAGCGGCCUCAGCCUCAGCACCCUCCGCCGCCGCCGCUGCCGUCAGUGACCGGGCACGGGCCGGAGCCGGGGGCGCUGGAAGCAGCCGCGCCGGGCAAGACCGACGCUGACCGGCCGGGGAGUCCCCGGGACCCUCCUGCCCAGCCCAGCCCAGCCCAGCCCACGCCGCCGGCUCCAGCAGAUGGAGGGGGCUGCGCCUCCGCAGCUGGCCGGCCCCCUUCUGUCCCCGGGCUGCGGCGCCUCGGACCCGGGGUCUGGGGCUGCGGCGGCCGCGGCGGCUACGGGGACCUCAGCCCCGGCGGGCUCGGUGGCCGGCUCGGGCACCCUGGCGUCCGGGGCGGCCCCGGAGCUGAGGAAGCAGCAGCAGCAGCAGCAGCAGCAGCACGGUGUGAAACGACACCAUCACAAGCACAACCUCAAACAUCGCUACGAGCUGCAGGAGACCCUGGGCAAGGGGACCUACGGCAAAGUCAAGAGAGCUACGGAGAGGUUCUCGGGCAGAGUGGUUGCCAUAAAAUCCAUCCGUAAGGAUAAGAUUAAAGAUGAACAGGACAUGGUUCACAUCCGACGGGAGAUUGAGAUCAUGUCGUCCCUCAGCCAUCCUCAUAUCAUCAGCAUUUAUGAAGUGUUUGAGAAUAAGGAUAAGAUUGUGAUCAUCAUGGAGUAUGCCAGCAAAGGGGAGCUGUAUGACUACAUCAGCGAGCGGCGGAGGCUCAGCGAGAGGGAGACGAGACAUUUCUUUCGGCAAAUAAUCUCCGCAGUGCACUAUUGUCAUAAGAAUGGUGUUGUCCAUAGGGAUUUGAAGCUGGAGAACAUUUUGCUUGAUGAUAACUGUAAUAUUAAGAUUGCUGACUUUGGUCUUUCCAACCUCUAUCAAAAGGAUAAAUUUCUGCAGACUUUUUGUGGGAGUCCACUUUAUGCAUCCCCAGAAAUUGUCAAUGGAAGACCUUAUCGAGGACCUGAGGUGGAUAGCUGGGCCCUGGGCGUAUUGCUUUACACUCUGGUUUAUGGGACAAUGCCUUUUGAUGGCUUCGAUCACAAGAAUCUCAUCCGCCAGAUCAGCAGUGGGGAAUACCGGGAGCCCACACAACCUUCAGAUGCCCGGGGACUGAUCAGGUGGAUGCUGAUGGUCAACCCCGAACGCCGGGCCACCAUCGAAGACAUCGCCAACCACUGGUGGGUCAACUGGGGCUACAAGAGUAGCGUUUGUGACUGCGAUGCUCUGAGGGACUCGGAGUCCCCGCUGCUGGCCCGGAUCAUCGACUGGCACCAUCGCUCGACGGGCCUGCAAGCAGAAGGGGAGACCAAAGUCAAAUGCUUGGCCAAGCCCGGCGCCUCAGAAGGGGCGUUGGAAAGACAGAGGUCACUGAAGAAGUCUAAAAAGGAGAAUGAUAUCGCCCAGUCUGGCCAGGAUGGGCCAGGGGAGAGCCCGUGCAAGUCCAGCUCCAAAAGGCCCAAGAGCAUCUUGAAAAAGCGGAGCAACAGCGAGCAUCGGUCUCACAGUGCGGGUUUCAUCGAAGGGGUGGUCAGCCCCACACUGCCCUCGGGUUUUAAAAUGGAGCAGGAGCUCUGUAGGACUGGGGCGCCCCUGAAGAGCCCCGUGGAGACCGAGGGAGCUGGCAAACUUGGACCCAAGCAGUCGGCCACGAUGCCCAAAAAGGGCAUCUUGAAGAAGACCCAGCAGAGAGAAUCUGGGUACUACUCCUCUCCAGAACGGAGCGAGUCCUCCGAAUUGCUGGAUAGCAACGAUGCCCCGGGAGGCAGCAACCUCCCCUCCCCAGGCAUCCCCGACUCUACUCGGGAGGGUCCCCAUAACCUCUCUUACCGAAGGAAGGGCAUCUUGAAACACAGUAGCAAGUACUCAGCCAGUAGCACGGACUCUACCCUUGUCAGCCCGGGGGCGCCCAUGCUGGAAUCCAUGGAAGAAAGGGGCGUGCCGGGGGAAGGGCUCUCUCGGAGUUACAGUCGUCCCUCCAGUGUGAUCAGUGAUGACAGCAUCCUGUCCAGUGACUCCUUUGACCUGCUUGACCUGCAGGAGAGCCGGCCUGCCCAGCAGCGGAUCCGGAGCUGCGUCUCCGCCGAGAACUUCCUCCAGAUCCAGGAUUUCGAGGGCCUUCAGAACCGGCCGCGGCCUCAGUACCUGAAACGGUAUCGGAACCGGCUGGUGGACAACAGUUUCUCCCUGCUCACGGACAUGGACGAUGUGACUCAGGUGUAUAAGAAAGCCCUGGAAAUCUGUAACAAACUGAAUUAGUGGCUGGGUGGAUGGGGAGCGUGGGGAGGGGAGGGUGGAGAGGUGUGAUGGCUCGCCUUUGGGCCGGCGGCAACACCUGCUGGCUACUGCUUUACUGAUGCACAGCAAGGAUCUAAAAACCUGUUGGAGGAUCUUCCUUUGCCAAAUCCCGUGAGCGUGCCCUGCUACCCAGAGCCCUUUGGGUCUAAUGAGCAUGUACCUGAUGCCAUCUGUUCAGAGGACACAGCAGCUGGCAGGAGUAUCAGGGAGAUCUCUCAUUCAAAAUCCCAUCCAGACUGCUUCUGGCCAGGGCAGCAGAGGGGGGGAACUGGCAUUGGAAGAGUCGGUCCCAAAGGAGGCUACUUUUUCUUCUCAGGAGUCUGUGGGACUGGGUCAUUCCGGCCAUUGAGCUUUCCAAAGCACUGGUUGUGACCAGCUCCUCCCCAAGCUCUCCUCCUCCAUGAGCUUUCUUUAGGGGCAGGAACAUCUGUAAUUUGAACCACUAGGAUUGGCUGAUAGUUACCCUAAAUGGAAAGGUCACAAGAGUGUUGUGGAUCCUGGAGCGCUAAUCACAAUCUCCCGCUUGCUGCCCACCAUUUUUUUUUUUUAAAUCCAUCUCACUUGCCCCAUUCUUACAGCCGCCUGAAGGGCAGCAGAGGGGAAAAAAAGGGGGGUAAAAUUCUGUCAAGUGUAUAAUUUGUUCUUAGCUCUGAGAAGAGGCUCCACGGGAGUGGGGAGUAAAAUUAGCAGCCGACUCAAAGCUGGGGGAGCAGCCUCUUGGGUGUUAGCUUAGGCAACUCCCCCUCAGGAACAGACAUUUUUAUCAGUCACUCUUUUCUAAGGUCAUAGUAUUAACUGGAAUACUGCCUCUCAGGCUCCCGUUGGAUAGCCUCCUUUUGUGUCUGUAGUCUCCACAGGGUUAACUGGUUCAACUCUGCCCGAUCCACUGUCUGCAAGCAGUGCCCUCUUGCUAGAGGGGGUGUGCACAAGGCUUGGGGAGCUUAGAGUAGGUUGCUUCUAGAACGUUAGCAUAUGGGAAGGGUGUAGUGAUUGGUCAAGUAAUGGAAAGGCCGUCAGAAUGAGCAUCCCCCCCUAAAUAGAAUGUAACUCAGUCGAUUGUAAGGGUUUGGAGGAUGCAUCAAAAUUCUGGGCUUUUAAAUGGAAAUGGGGAUCACAGGGUCAGAGAAAGAAUUUUUAAGCUAAUGGGUGCAAUCCCCUCAUUUUAUAGAUGAGGAAAUGAGACCCAAAUGUGAAACAAUUUGCCCAGAUUCAUAGUUAGCUGAGGCGAGGUUUGACUGGGCUUCCUAUAGCACCCAGAGUGAUUCUCCAUCUUCUUGAUGGGUUAGUGUAGAAUAAACCUUAGUUGGGAGGGUAUUUACAGAGCCCCCCAGGCCUGGACAAAUUGGAACCACUGGGUUGACUGCCAGGCUCUGGGGAGCAGAGAAUUGUGGGAGGUCGUAGUUGUUGGAGAAAGAGUAGGAAGAUGAAAGAAAUGCACCUUAGAGAUUCUGGAGCAUCGAGAAUGAUAGCUAGAACUCAUCUGUCUCCUCACCAGGAGGGCACUGCUUUGCUCCCAUCUUAACCAGUCAACCAAUAAAACAUUUAUUAAACACUUAAUGCAUGCCAGACACUAUGCUAAGCAAUGGGGAUACACAGAAAAAGGCAAAAAAACAAAAAAACCCAAACCCAGCUCCUGCCCUCUUGGAGAUUGUCCCCUGGAUUUCUCAGGCCAGCCAGUGGAGCCAAAGGAAGGGCUAAGCCCUAUGGGAAGGUUAGAACUAGAAAGCGUGCUGGGGAUCAUACAUAUCAAAGAAAUAAAGAGGCAAGAGAUGAAGUGCCUUCCCCACAGAGAGGCAAGACUUGAACCCGGUUCUCAGGAUUUCUAAUCAAUCUAUGCUCUUUCCACUGCAUCCUAAUGCAGUUGACUUAACCCCCCCUCCCUCCACAAGGAAAAUGGAUGUUUCCUAAAAAUAAAGGGCGGGGGAGGGUAAAGGCUUUUGGGAGUUCAUCCCCUGUGCCAUUUUGUACAUCACAAACUCAACGAAUGAUAAAGUGAACCUUCUUUGCCGCCAGCUGUCCAUGGACCACAGCUGGCCUGGUCAGGAAGUCCCCGUGUGAUUCAGGUACAAAGGCUGCAGAUGUGCCCGUUGCUUUCAGCACCCCCCUUUUUUUCUUUGCCAAACAGCUGUUAAUGCUCUUAAGAACUUUGGUGCAGUGUAUUUCCAAAGCCAGUGAAAUACCAUUUUGCUCCCAAAUAUUCUUCCCCUCUUAGCUCCUCCACCCCUAGAGUGCUCCUGUAUUCCAUUCUGCGAGCAAAGAAGGGACCUCAAAGGCCAUUUAGCCCAACCCCUCAUUUUACAGAGGGGGAAACUGAGGUCUCAGAAGUUUCAAAAACUUGUUCAAAAUCACACAAGUAAUAUAUCAUAGGAUCAUUGACUUAGAACUAACGUAUUUCCAGGUGAAUCAGUUGUGACUUUCCCAAUGUCACAAAAGCAGUGAUCAGAAGUGGGAUUCUUAACCCAGGAUCUCUGAAAAGUUCAUGGAUUCUUGGAAAGAGAAACUUGAAAUAGCCGGGAGCACCUUUGGCCAACUUUUCUGCUGGAUUCUAGCCUGCCCGUUAACCAGUCCUCACAGGAGUGAUGUUUAAUUAAUUUCCAUGGAAUUAAUGAUGCUGGAAAGGGAACCUGGCGUUCCAGGUAUCCAUCCCUCUUAGGCAAGACCCCUUGGUGUCUCCGUUUACACAUCUGCCCAAUGGGUAUACUGAUCCUUCCCUUCAUGGGUGAGCUGCAAAUCUUCCCUAAUGUUCAGAAAGUGCCAGGUGGAAAUCAAAUUAUGGUAACCUGGAUUGGCCUCCAUGUUUGAGAAGCCGGUUCAGAUAUCAGAAGCAUUUUUUUCAGGUUGAAAAUGGAGGGGAGGGAGGGUGUUGCCCAAGCCUGCUCUCUCAAGUACAAAUGUGAAUGAAUGAUCGAUUGCUUAUCGUCAGACUGGAAAUGUUCUGUAGGGGUUUUACUGGCAUGCUAUCAUUCCUAGAAGAUUAAAAGAGGAAGACACAGAAAGAGAGAAAGGAAAAACUUGACUGCACAUAAUUGUUUCACUCAGUGUUGUGAUUUUUAUUUAAUUUCUAUUUUUUUUUUUUUGUAAUACAAAGUUGACUUUUUUAUUUGAAUUUGUCUUUUUUUUAUUUAUUGGUCUGAAAGCCAUUUCAAAGGUAUAAUAAUAUAUUUGGUGUAAUUUAAUUGGUGCAGUGCGUUUGAAGGCUCCAGCCAAAACUGGUUUUCUCUCAUUGGUUUGUUUGAGCUCAGUGGCACAUGGGAAAAAGCUGGAGAACUCACCCAAAGUGGAUUUUUCAUUGGAUACUGAUUUUUUUUUUUUUAAGAUUAAAUAAAAAAUGCAACAAGCU